UCCACAAAACAACUUCAUUUCAUCAUCCAUAUAAUUUCCAAAUUAAAAGCCAAUUCAACAACCAAAAUGGGGUCGGGACGACCUACGGUUUCACUUGUAACAUUGUUCCCUUGCGUCAUCAUAGGCCUAGCCAUGCUCCAAGCCUCUAAUGCCCAAGACUCCCCACAAGACUUCCUCAACGCCCACAACUCCGCUCGCGCUGAGGUCGGCGUUGGGCAGAUGACGUGGGACGACAAGGUGGCCUCGUACGCGCAGCAAUACGCCAACAGCCACAUCGGCGACUGCAGCAUGGUGCACUCCGGAGGGCCUUACGGCGAGAACCUUGCGUGGAGCAGCGGAGACCUCUCCGGCACCGACGCCGUGAGAAUGUGGGUGAAUGAGAAGGCAGACUACGACUACGGCUCCAACACAUGCGCUUCCGGGAAGGUUUGUGGGCACUACACUCAGGUGGUGUGGCGUAACUCGGUUAGGCUUGGAUGUGCUAAGGUUCGGUGCAACAACAAUAAGGGUACCCUCAUUGGGUGCAACUAUGAUCCCCGGGGCAACUAUGUUGGGCAGAAGCCUUACUAGCUAAUUAAUUAAGGGCUAUAAUUGAUGUUAUUAAUCAGUUAUUACCUACUUAUAAUUAGCAUCUAUAAAUGUAACGGUUAGAUGCAUAAUGCCUAUUAUCAUGAACUUAUGUUGAUGAAAAGUUAAGGCUAUAAGUGUGAUCAAAUAACAAAGAAAGUCAGUUAUAAAGUGAUAUGAAAUCAAAUAAUAAAUAAAGUCAGUUAUAAA